AUGCCCAAAUGUUCAUCAAAGGUGCAUUUGGCCCUUGAAAACCUCGGGCAUUAUGCAAAGAAAAGGAAGGUUUCAGUCCAAGUAGACAAGGAGAAAGAGUGCCCUUCAGUAGACACGACAGUUCUUGUAUCAGUCUCACCUCAUGAAUAUAGAUCAGACAUUCAGUUGUCUGAGGAAGCUCUGGACAUACCCAAGGAAGACUUGAGCUCAGACUCAGACUCAGACUCAGACUCGGACUCAAACUCAGACCCAGAUGCGGACUUGGAUUCUGAUAGCAAUAAGUUAAAUUGGGAUUUUGAGACGUGCAAUGAGAUUGAGUAUGGACCAAGUGAGGGCUUCGAGAUGUUUGAGGGGGAAAGUCUAGCCUCUGACAGUCCAGGAGAGAAGGAAUACAUCUAUCCAUGGCAUCCCAUUGAUGCACGUAUUCCACCAAGCCUCAAAUCAGCAAAACUGGCUCUAUGUGAUCUCAAAAACCUUCUUUAUCCCCCUCAUGAUAAGGGACAUUGA